UCUAGUGUGACGUCACGGUAGCCUAGUUGGGUUAGGUUUUACGCUGGAAAUUGUAAGGAAAAAUUUUUUGUUUGACGAUUAAUGUUUUCCCCAUCGCAUCUGCCGAAGUGACCAACGCCGAGAGCCCGCACUGUGUGUAUCGACAUUCGUAUUCCGUGAAUCGUGCAACCGCGAGGCCCCAAGUAUCGGCGUAUAUGAGAUUCUAAACGGAAAAUGAGUCGACAUGAAGGGGUAAGCUGUGACUCCUGUCUUAAGGGAAAUUUUCGGGGUCGCAGAUACAAGUGCCUGGUGUGCUACGAUUAUGAUUUGUGCGCCAGUUGUUACGAGGCAGGUGCCAGCACUACACGUCACCUUACAGAUCAUCCUAUGCAGUGCAUACUUACUAGAUCUGAUUUUGAAUUAUACUAUGGUGGCGAAGGCGUGAGUGUCGAGCAGCCGCAGUCACUGACUUGUCCUUACUGCACGAAAAUGGGAUUCACAGAGACUACAUUACAGGAACACAUUGCUGCAGAUCACCCAGAUACAUCCUUUGAAGUGGUUUGUCCAGUAUGUGCUUCUCUGCCAGGUGGUGAUCCAAACCACGUGACCGAUGAUUUUGCUGGUCAUUUAACUUUGGAACACAGAAACGGACAAAGGGACCUGAUGUCAUUUCUUGAUGACCCGGUAGCUAGCCGCCAACCACUUCGGCGGAUACCAGCUCCAUCUCGAGGUGUUGGUGGGCCCAGGACCCGAAGGUCCAACAUGCAUUUCAGCUCGUCGGGAGGCUUGAGUCCAAGUAGUCGAGAAGGUAUAGACCCAAUAGCGGAGCUAUUAUCUCAGCUGUCAGGGGUGCGUAGAACAGGUGGUGGUACUGGACAGGGUUCGUCGGCGCCGACGCAAUUGCAUCAAUUACAGAUGCAGUUACAACUCGAACGUCAACAAGUUAGGGCUGCCAGGCACCAGUUAGAACGAAUGCCAGGAAGAAGACAAACCCAGGUUAUCGGAUCGGUGAGUGGUAGCGGUGGUGCUGGUGGCAGUGGUCAUUCUGCUACUAUGUCCAGCGUGGUGGCCAAUAAUGCAGCUAGUAAUAAUAAUGCAACCAACGCUACCAACCCGUCCGGUGUUUCGUCUGCCAAUUCGCAGCAAUUCUUGCUACCAAGAUGUAUCACGACUACGUUAACCGAAUCCCAACUGCAGAGCAUAGAACGCGAGAGUGCUAACAGGAGCCAGUUUGUGCGGGCGCUCGUUAUCGGAACACUUUCGCAGCCGCUACCGGAAUUGACGCAGCAAUUGACUGCGCAAACGCCGGCGUCUAGUGCGACGACCGCGAGUACCACCCCGGAGACACCUAACGCGAACGCUUCCGUGGCACCGGCGAAAAAGCAGAAUGCCACCCAGGAGCCGAAAAGGGAUCAAACCAGCACGAACAAGGCGGUCGUGCAGACCAGUGCGCAGCAGCAACAGCAGCAGCACGUGUUGCAGUCCGCCAUUGGAGGCGUAGGAGGUGGCCUGCAAAGCCAAGGUCUACCUCCGAAUCCAAACAGCAUUACGGCGCAGAAUACACCCAUGGUCCAGACACUGAUGCACAGUGUAUUACCACAGCCAUUGGUAUUGCAGCAGCCACUGCCUCCACCCAUAAGGAAUACCGGAACCGGAACCAUCCGAGAGCCGAUGGCAGCCCCGGCGCCUGCCUACCUCAGGGGCGGAGUCGGCCCCGUCGGAGUAACGGGCACCUCGCGUAGGAAGCCGGUCAGGGCCGUAGACGGGAGAAACCAAUCUACGGAGCCUCCUCCCCCGCACUAACCCCUUCCCUGCCCGCGUCCACCCACAGGCCCCUAGCACUAGUCCUAGCACUGUUUAGAACACCUCAUCAUUAUUGUUAUUAUU